UAUACCUCUUCAGAUCUUCUGCCUUCGUCUUCACAUGCCUACGAUAGAGGAGACGCUUCUGUUCGUAAAGGUACAAUCACUUAUUCUCUAUUGGGACAAAGCAGCAGCUGGAAGACUGGGGAGGUACAAGAUGAGCCUAUAAUUAUUGAUGGGACUAAAAUAAGAACUGAGGAAAGUGGCAAUCUUGCAUGCAUUCUAGCAAAAGAUGGGUCGACCGCAAGAACUGAGAUUGCCUCUUGUGUUAGGGUAGCCAAGGUGGCUCAAGUAAGACUUUUGACAGACGAAUUUCCAGUCCAAACACUUGCUCUUGGUGCUCAACUUUAUUUUCCUAUCAAAUAUCAUGAUGCUCUUGGAAAUCCUUUUCAUGAGGCUUAUAACAUCACUCUUUUUGAGGCUGAAACUAACUACCCAGAUGUUGUCUCCAUUGAUACCGACAAUAUUAAUGGGUAUAUACAUCUUCGAGCAAGAAACCAUGGGAUAGCUCUGGUGCAAAUAGCAUUUAUUAGUAAUUCUCAGAAGGCAGACUAUGUUAUGAUUUUUGUUGGUCCUAGGUUGUAUCCUCAAAAUCCUGUCCUCCACCAAGGAGCCCAUCUUAACUUCAGGAUAGAAGGUUUGCGGGAUGUACCAUUGGGACACUGGUCAAGUUCCAAUCGAAGCAUUGUAUCAAUUGACAAGCAAUCUGGCCAAGCUGAAGCCAUUGGAGAAGGUACUGCCCGAGUUUGCUUUAGUAGUUCUAGUUUCAAGCUUCAAACUUCUGUUACUGUGUUGAAGGGGAAUAUAGUGUCAGUCAAUGCCCCAAAAGAAACACUUACAAACGUGCCAUUUCCAACAAACGGAUAUGGUUUUUCUGUAAAGUUUAGUGAGGCUCAUGACAAGCACCAUAAAUCUUCUGGGGAUAGUCUUGAAUUCUUGUUUGAUUGUGUGCUGGACCCACCUUAUCUUGGAUAUGCACACCCAUGGAGGGAUCUUGACACGGGCAAUCUGUAUUGCCUCUUCUUUCCAUAUCCUCCUGAACGUUUGAUGCAUUCUACUCCCAAUUCUAUAGAUAAAGACCGAGAUAUAUAUGUGACCAUCAAUGCUUCACUCAGAGGAGACAGUCAUAUUUCUGGUUCUGCAUCCGCUCUUUUUAUUGGAGGAUUUACUGUACUUGAAAUGGAGAAGAAAAUGCGUCUAAAUCUGACAGCAGGCUCCAACAAGGGUGUCAUAACCAUCAUUGGGAACACAGAAGUUGAAAUCCACUGGCACCACAAGGACCGGUUAUCAGUUCGACCUGUCGACGGAGAAGGUCGUAGGGUCAGACAGCCUGUGACGUAUGAGGUUAAAGUUCAUGGAGCUGAGAGAUUGAAAGAUCAAUUGGUUAUCACACUCCCAGCCACCGGUCAAAGAGUUGAAAUUGAUGUCAGCUAUGAACCGGAGGAGAGAAGAGAAUCAGCA